AUGGAAGAUAAAACAACAACAACAGCUACUACAACUAUAUUUAGAGUGAUUAAAUCUAAAGUAUUAUUAAAUCAUAUAUUUCAAUUCAUACCUAUAAUCAAUAGACAACAUCAGCAACAGCAAUUUAAUAAUAUUGAAUACACUAAAUUCAAAGAUUUAUCAUAUAUAUCUAUAUCUAAUCUAAGAUGUUGUCAUACCACUGAUGACACUAAUAAUAAUAAUAAUAAUAAUAAUAAUAAUCAAAAGAGUAUAAUAGAACAACAACAAAGAUCAUUCAAUUUAUUUAGAUACAAAUUAUUGAAUGACGCACAGUUUGUAGUCUAUUUCAGAGCAAUGCCUGUAAUACUAAGGAAUUGUAAAGAUGUAAAGGUAUUGCAAAGGUUGUAUCAACUGUAUCCUCACUAUUUUGAUUUACCUUUUGAUUUGGGGAGUCAAGAUACAAAUUUGGUAGAUUCAAAGAGUUGGGUAGUUGAUAAUGUGGCUGCAAGUGGUAGUGUCGAAUGCUUGGUUUAUGCAAUUCAAACGAUUGGUAUUGAACCAACUACCGUGACACUUGACACUGCAUCAGAGUAUGGUCAAUUAUCAACACUAGAUUAUUUAACCAAGACAUAUCCUCAUUUAAAGGUGGAUAGAGGUGUAGAGUUGGCAGCUACCAAUUCACAUUUAAAUGUCAUAGAAUAUUUAUUGAAUAAUAGACCGACGUCGGAAUCAUUCUCUUCAAUGGCUAUUCUCAAUGCUGCAAGAAAUAAUAAUUCUGAAAAAGACAUUAAUUUAAAGAUUGCAACUUUGUUAUUCAGUCAUCUUGAUAGAUGUCCACCACCAAAAUCAGGUGUGACUGGUUUCACUGAUAACACAGUGCCUUCAAGGUCGCUGGAUAUGGUCAAGUUAUAUUACAAUCGUCUUGGAGAAGAUUCUGUCACUACACUUGCAAUCAACAUGGCAUCGGAACUUGGGUAUUUAGAUAUUGUAAUGUAUCUCGAUCAAGUUGGUGCACCUGCAACUGCCGAUGCAAUGGAUUAUAGUGCAAAAAAUGGACAUUUAAAUGUACUGAGAUAUUUGCACGAACAGAGGAGAGGAAGUGUUUGCACAAAAGAGAUACUUAAAAAGGCAGUGUAUGGUGGACACUCGGAUAUAGUACGGUAUCUUCAAGAAGAGAGUAACCUAUCCGUAUUACAACCAUUUGAACCGGCACUAAAGUGUGCUGCAUUGGCUGGUAGCAUGGAACUGGUUAGAUACCUACAACAAACACGGUCAGAGACAUACUUUCAAUGGACUGGAGCAGAUGUCAUCAACAUCAUUUCAGAGGGUCGAGACAAUUAUGAAAGUGUCUUGAUUUAUUUGUUUGACUCUGGGUUGUGGGAGCAAUUGAUUUCAAAUCAAAGUGAAACACGUGUAAAGGAUUAUAUAGCAUCGGUACAUCGACGAGACAGUGUACCAUUAUUCGAGUAUAUAGUUGAAAAGGCUCAACUAGUAGUUGACAUUGACCCAAACAUACCUGUAAAGGUUAUGUUUCGUGCUCCAUUUUGGGAUCACCUAUUAGUAGCUCCUCCUCGAGCAGGAAACUUACACAAACCACACUCCUCCUCAUCCUACUCCAACAACAAACCACAUUGUAAUAUCAAAACAUGGUUACUCAAAAGAAACAAACAUCUUCUCAACGAUAAACAUUAUGCAUACUUUCUUCAACACGCAUUGGUAUAUUCUCUAGAAUUGGUUGAAUAUAUUUGGAGAAAGUGUCCUGAAUCAUUUUCACCAAAGAUAUUUGAUCAUCUUGACUUUAUAGGCAAUGUUGGGUUCAAGAAUGACCGAGUAGAGUUUUUAGACUUUUUACAUCGAAAUGAUCUAUUUAAAUAUAUUAGAUCGUAUCGUGCAAUGGUUGAAUCAGCAUUUAAACACUCGGCAAUUAAAUGUAUCAAGUAUCUACGUGACCAUUGCCAAUUGGUCGAGUUGAUUGACGAACCUACCAAACUUGAAUUAUUUAAUUCAACAGCAACUGCUACAACCUCUUCCAAAUCAUUAGAAUUAUUUCAAUUUUGUUUUAUUCAUUUCUUUGGUAGUGAUAAGAAACUAAUUCCUCAACUAUUAGAUCAAGAAACAUUCAACAAGGUUAUUAGAAAUGGUAGUUUAGAGAUGGUUCAUUUUCAACUAGAAAAUCAAUUGGUCGUACAACCAAUUCUGACUGACGUCGCUCUGGAACAACAUCAACCAACUGUUAUUGACAAGGCAGCUCAAUCUACCAACAUUGAAUUGUUAUGUUAUAUGAUUGCCAGGUAUCCCAAUAUCCGACCAACCAAAUUAUCAUUUGAAUAUCCGAUUAGAAGUGUUGUUGGGUGUCUUGUUCAACACUAUCCAUCAAACUAUCUUUUAAAAUUACCAUUCCUCAACUACGAGUAUUAUGCAACCAACAUACUCAAAGAAUGUAUUAAAUUAAAAGAGAAAAAAGAAAAAGAAUUAAAUAAUAAUAACAAUAAUAAUAAUAAUAGUUUAUAUGAUAGAUUUAAACAAAAAUUAUUUAAUUCAUAA